AUGGUUGUUGUUUUUGUGUGCCAAGCCUCGGCAGUGUCUAUCGGCGCUACACCACCGUCAGAUGAUUUCUGCACAACUCAAGCUUGCAACUAUGCUGCUGAAAAGUUUAUGGCAAAAAUGGACACAAGCAUCAACCCGUGCAAUGACUUCGACAAAUUCGUCUGCGGUGGAGUUUCAAACAAUCCGCUGAGCCUAGACGCUCCAGAAUUGGGCGACAGCGUCACCGUCCUUACAGACAAAACCUGGCAGCAGUUGAAAAAUAUUAUGGAGAGCCCCAGCUCGUCCGCGGAUCCUAAACCCUUCGAGCUUGUUAGGAACUUUUACAAAAGUUGUAUGAACACGGAGGCUAUUGAUGCCGAGGGUUUCCAGCCAAUCGUCGAAGCGGCGAAGAGAUUUGGAGGGUGGCCAGUGCUAGAGGGAGACAAGUGGAAUGAAGAAGCAUUCAACUGGACUUUUUCCGACUACUUAUUCCACCCAUUGGAAUUUAGAACAAUUCCUGGAGUGGGCAUUUCCAUUGUAAAAGAUCCGGAGAACAAUACCAAACGAAGUAUUUAUUUGAACGAGUUAACUUCUGUGAACAACCUGACUCGAGAAUUCGUAAACAAUUUACUAACUAUGUCGGUCGAAAUAGCAGUAAAACUUGGAGCUGAACGAGACUUUGCGCACGAGGAUUUGCUCAGUAGUAUUCAAUUCUUGAAUGAUCUAAUCAAGGGAAUUAGACUUGAGUUUUCCAUUAUAAAACGUGAGCACAGUAGUGCCUACACAGAAUCCCCAAAGCGCAUGACGAUCGCCGAACUCUCCGAGUUGUACCCUAGUAUUCCCUGGACAGAGGAAUUCAACCAGUUGCUCCCUUUCUCCGAUGAAGUGGACGACAGCGAAGUCGUCAUCGUGAAUCUGCCCAACUUCAUUCCGGCGAUGAUAGAACUGAUCGAACGCGUGCCACAAAGGACUCAAGCCAACGUUUAUAUAAUGCUAUUAAUUGAUCUGUUAGACGACCAUCUGCCUAAUGAGAUAAGAACACUAAAUCCCACAUGGUCGUCCAUGUAUGGAAUUGCAUCUGGGGAACCUCGAUGGAAGGAAUGCGUGAAGGCCACCUCAGCGCAGCUUCCUGUAGCUGUUGGAGCUCUGUACGUUCAAAGUUAUACCUCAAAGGAGGCUAAAAGACAUGUCGUAGAGGUAUUCGAUGCCGUCAGAACGAUGUUCCUGCACCUUCCGGAUGGCGUCAAGUGGUUGAAUAACAAAAUGAGGACGAUUCUGCGUGAGAAAGCUAUCUCCAUUCAGGAUCACAUUGAUUACUCUGAUGAGUUCUUUGAUAAUCAGAAACUCGAGGAGUACUAUCAGGAUUUGGAACUCAGCGAUGAGCAUUAUCUACAGGCAUAUCUGAAUAUACAGUCCUUCAAACUUAAAAAAUCAUGGAGUGGAUUGAAGAAACCUGUGGAUAAGAACGACCUACUGCAGUAUGAGGAUCAACAUAAAUAUUUGCUCAGGUACUCAAGAAGACGCGACUGCGCACGCAGGUGGUCAGGGGGGGCGGACGUGUUCUGGGGCCCUAUUCUCGAGUUUGAGGAGACAAAACAUGAACUUCGUACCGGGGUCAUAAGGACAGCUUACCAAGCUUACGUCAACUGGUUAAAUGACAAUGGACCGGAGAAAAUGCUCGCAGGCAUUCCUUACACCCCAGGGCAAAUGUUCUGGAUAAGUUCAACCAUGCCUUUGAGUGGUGCACCUGGAACCAAAGUCUUCGAACUAUACAACGACCUAGGGUUUGUUUACGACUUUGAUUGUAUGGAGUCGAAUUGAAACUGAACCCCGAGGAGAAAUUCACGAUAUGGUAAUUCAUGAAUUACCGAU